AUGUCGUGGUCUCUUCUUCUUACCGCCCUGACCCAGGCCGUCCGCGUUACAUGCGCACCAGAAACAUAUAACUAUGUUAUAGUUGGAGGAGGCCCCGCAGGUCUUCUAGUCGCGAACCGACUGUCUGCCGAUCCCGAUGUCACUGUAGCCAUCAUCGAAGCCGGAGAUUCUGGUUACGACAACCCCAACGUAUCGUACGUACCGAAGUCGAUUCUGGAAUACGGUCUCUUCAUCGGCACGUCAAUCGACUGGAAGUACAUGACGGCACCCCAAAAGUAUGCUGGGAACCGGAGUGUGAACUACUGGGCAGGCAAGGCUUUGGGAGGCAGUACUACGGUCAAUGGAAUGACGUACAUCCGUGCGGAGAAAGAGCAAAUUGAUGGAUGGGAAGGGCUUGGGAACAAAGGCUGGAACUGGGAGAGUCUGCUCGAAUACUAUCUGAGGCAGGAAGGAUUCACAGAGCCGAGUGAGGAGCUUUCGAAGGAAGGCGCGACCUUCAGGGACGAGGUGCAUGGAACGGAGGGAGAGCUUGCUGUUGGCUUCACCCCAUACUUGGUCCGUCAAGGGUUCGCCAAACUGUUCGCGGAGACCUCCGAGGCAAUGGGUAUUCCUUACAAUAAGGAACCGAACAAUGGUAGCAUGCGUGGUUUCGACGUGUGGCCUAUGACUCAGAACGUGACUGGGCCUACGAGGGCAGAUGGAGCCAGGUCCUUCUACUUUCCUGUUGCGUCACGCCCGAAUUUCCACGUCUUCUUCAAUACCACAGCUGCACGCAUCAUCUGGAACGAUGAAUCAUCCGAGACUUCGGAAGUGUUGGCCUCGGGAGUUGAGGUGAUCGACGCGGGAAAUGUAACGAAAACCAUCGGUGCCUCCAAGGAGGUCAUUGUCGCAGCCGGUGCCAUUCGAUCACCAGCAUUCCUGGAGCACUCAGGUGUAGGUAACCCCGCCAUACUUGAACCUCUCGGUAUCAAGACUGUCAACCCACUCCACUCGGUCGGUUCCAAUCUGCCAGAUCAACCGCAGCAUGGGAUGGUCUUCAACUCGUCCACGAAUUGGACGGGCUAUCCUACCUUCGUUACGUUCUUGACAGCUUCUGAUCUCUUUGGCGAAGAUCUUCCCGCUCUUGUGGAAGAGCUUCAAGCCAAUGUGAGCGCUUAUGCUGCAGCGAUUGUCGCAGAUUACGCGCCCGAUACCAUAUCCAUCGAGACGCAAGAACGGCUUCUGCAGCACCAAGUAGAUCUAGUCUUCACUGCUGACAGUGAUGUUCCUUUAAUAGAGAUCCUCUGGGCCCCAACAGGAAAUCAGAUCAUUGCGCAGCUUUGGGACCUCAUACCGCUUUCUCGAGGCUCAAUACACAUCGAAUCCGCCGAUGCAACCAUACCACCACGUAUCGACCCAAACUUCUUCCAGAUGCCCAUCGACAUGUAUGUGCAAGCAGCUGCUGCAAUCCGUAUCCGCGAGUAUUUCGCCACUUCGCCGCUCGCGGAGGACGCUGCAGGCGAAGUCUCUCCCGGUUACGAAGCGGUACCGCAAGGUGCUCAUUGGAGGGAUCAAGUCUGGGACGACUGGAUCACAGGCGCCAUGAACGGCAACUCGCAUCCCGUGAGUACUUGCGCAAUGAUGAGUAGGGAGCUGGGCGGUGUAGUAGAUACGGAGGGCAAGGUUUACGGGACGCAAAACGUCCGGGUUGUGGAUGCGAGUGUGUUCCCGACUCAGAUCUCGGGCCAUCUUAGCGCCAGUGUAUAUGCCAUUGCUGGAAAGAUUGCGGACGCGAUGAAGCAGAAGGUGUCGGAUCAGAAGAAGUUUUGA